UUGAAGAGUGAGUGCACUUAAAACUGCGGUACCCGGCCCAGAGCAGAGAGCGCUGAGUUUCUGCUGGGGCCCGGUACUGGAUACCCUUUUUCACCCGUUCAAGAUUGACUUUAUGACGGCUCGGUAAUCGUGGGACUCCUCUCCUCUCCAUCCACAUAACAACUCUGCAUGUCUAAUAUUUAGAUAUGUUCAGGUUUGUGGACUCCCGAACAUUAGUGCUGCUUGCAGCAACGCAAGCCAUUCUAUUAUCUGUUGUCAAAUGUGAACCCAGAAUACGCAAAGACCUGCAAGUGAAGUGCACUCAAGAAGGGCAUACAUAUUUUGACAAAGAUGUGUGGAAACCCGAGCCUUGUAGUAUCUGUGUCUGUGACAAUGGGGUUAUCCUCUGCGACGAGAUAAUCUGCGAAGACCUUAAGGAUUGUGUUAAUCCUGAGAUUCCUUUUGGAGAAUGCUGCCCUGUCUGUCAGAACGACCGAGCUCCUCCCAUCGAUCAUACAAGAGGUUUGAAGGGGCAGAAAGGUGAACCAGGGGACAUCAAAGAUGUUGUAGGACCAAGAGGACCUCCAGGCCCACAAGGACCAGCUGGAGAACAGGGAAUAAGGGGAUUACGUGGAGCAAAGGGUGAAACAGGUGCACCUGGUCCCCGUGGUAGAGAUGGAGACCCUGGAACACCUGGCAACCCUGGACCACCUGGCCCACCUGGAACAUCUGGCAUGUCUGACUUUGGCGGAAACUUUGCUUCUCAGAUAGCGCCAGGGUUUGAUGAGAAAGCAGGAGGUGCUCAAAUGGGUGUUAUGCAAGGACCAAUGGGCCCCAUGGGACCCCGAGGACCCCCAGGACCCACAGGUGCUCCCGGUCCUCAAGGUUUCCAAGGACCUCCUGGAGAACCUGGUGAAUCUGGUGCUGCUGGUCCAAUGGGUCCCCGUGGUCCUCCCGGACCUUCUGGUAAACCUGGUGAUGAUGGUGAGUCUGGCAAACCCGGAAAAUCAGGUGAACGUGGACCCCCAGGACCACAGGGUGCUCGUGGUUUCCCAGGAACUCCAGGUCUUCCAGGAGUCAAAGGUCACAGGGGUUACUCAGGUCUCGAUGGUGCAAAGGGUGAAACCGGUGCCGUAGGUGCAAAGGGUGAAGCUGGUGCUCCAGGGGAGAACGGAUCUCCUGGUCCCAUGGGUCCACGUGGUCUACCUGGUGAGAGAGGUCGUCCUGGGGCACCUGGUUCAGCUGGAGCACGUGGCAAUGAUGGUCUGCCUGGUCCAGCUGGUCCUCCUGGUCCAGUAGGUCCUGCUGGGUCUCCCGGUUUCCCAGGUGCUCCAGGAUCUAAGGGGGAAGCUGGUCCAACUGGUGCUCGAGGCCCUGAGGGUGCCCAGGGCUCAAGAGGAGAGUCAGGAAGCCCCGGAUCCCCAGGUCCCGCUGGAGCUCCUGGCAAUCCUGGUACUGAUGGUAUUCCUGGAGCAAAAGGUUCAGCUGGUGCUCCUGGCAUUGCUGGCGCUCCUGGUUUCCCUGGUCCACGUGGGCCUCCAGGCCCACAGGGUGCUACAGGCCCACUUGGUCCUAAAGGUCAACAAGGUGAACCCGGAGCUCCAGGAUUCAAGGGAGAAACAGGCCCAAAAGGAGAGAUUGGCCCCGUUGGUCCUCAAGGAGCUCCUGGACCUGCUGGCGAAGAAGGCAAGAGAGGCCCUCGUGGUGAACCUGGUGCUGCUGGUCCAAAUGGUCCCCCUGGCGAGAGAGGUGCUCCUGGUAACCGUGGUUUCCCAGGUCAGGAUGGUCUGGCCGGUCCAAAGGGUGCCCCUGGUGAGCGUGGUGCUCCCGGUGUUUCUGGGCCUAAAGGUGCUAAUGGAGAUCCUGGCCGCCCAGGUGAACCUGGCCUUCCGGGUGCAAGAGGUCUUACAGGUCGCCCUGGAGAUGCUGGUCCUCAAGGAAAAGUUGGAGCUCCUGGUGUUUCUGGUGAAGAUGGUCGUCCUGGCCCACCUGGUCCACAGGGUACUAGAGGUCAACCUGGUGUUAUGGGUUUCCCCGGACCAAAGGGUGGAAAUGGUGAGCCUGGCAAGGCUGGUGAGAAGGGUAUCCCUGGUGCUCCUGGGUUGAGGGGUUUGCCUGGCAAAGAUGGGGAGACAGGCGCUCAAGGUCCUUCUGGUCCAUCUGGUCCUGCUGGUGAGAGAGGUGAACAAGGUCCACCCGGUCCUCCUGGCUUCCAGGGUCUACCAGGUCCCCCAGGUCCUCCUGGUGAAGGUGGCAAGCCAGGUGACCAGGGUGUCCCAGGUGAGGCUGGUGCAGCAGGUCCGACUGGUUCAAGAGGCGAACGUGGUUUUCCAGGUGAACGUGGAUCUCCAGGUUCUCAGGGUCUGCAGGGUCCCCGUGGUCUUCCAGGUACUCCUGGUUCUGAUGGUCCUAAGGGUGCAGCUGGUCCUUCUGGUCCCAAUGGUGCUCAAGGUCCUCCAGGUCUCCAGGGUAUGCCAGGUGAAAGGGGUACUGCUGGAAUUCCUGGCCCAAAAGGCGACAGAGGUGACAGUGGUGAGAAAGGUCCUGAGGGCGCACCUGGCAAAGAUGGCGGACGAGGUUUAACUGGUCCCAUUGGUCCACCUGGCCCGUCUGGUCCCAACGGAGAGAAGGGUGAGGCAGGUCCUCGUGGUCCAACAGGCGCUGCUGGUACUCGUGGUGCUCCUGGUGAACGUGGUGAGACAGGUCCUCCUGGUCCUGCUGGCUUUGCUGGUCCCCCUGGUUCAGAUGGUCAGGCUGGUCUCAAGGGUGAACCUGGAGAAACUGGACAAAAAGGUGAUGCUGGCGCUCCCGGUCCUCAGGGUCCAUCAGGUGCUCCUGGUCCACAGGGUCCAACAGGUGUAACUGGACCCAAAGGUGCUCGUGGUGCCCAAGGGCCUCCUGGUGCAACUGGUUUCCCUGGUGCUGCUGGCAGAGUUGGUCCUCCUGGUCCUAAUGGCAACCCUGGUCCAGUGGGUCCUCCUGGUGCUCCUGGUAAAGAUGGCCCUAAAGGUCUGCGUGGUGAUCCUGGCCAAGCUGGCCGUGCUGGUGACCCUGGUCUUCAAGGCCCUGCUGGUCCUCCUGGUGAGAAAGGAGAACCUGGUGAAGAUGGUCCUCCUGGUCCUGAUGGUCCUUCAGGUCCACAGGGUUUGUCUGGUCUGCGUGGUAUUGUAGGUCUUCCUGGUCAGCGUGGAGAAAGAGGUUUCCCAGGUCUCCCUGGUCCUGCUGGUGAGCCUGGGAAGCAAGGAGCUCCUGGUUCUGCUGGUGACAGAGGACCCCCUGGCCCAGUUGGUCCACCUGGUCUUACUGGUCCUUCUGGUGAACCUGGACGUGAGGGCAACCCUGGUGCUGAUGGUCCUCCUGGCCGAGAUGGUGCAGCUGGCGUGAAGGGUGAGCGAGGUCAGACUGGUCCUGCUGGUGCCCCUGGUGCUCCUGGUGCCCCUGGCGCUCCAGGUCCUGUUGGCCCAACUGGCAAACAAGGAAACCGAGGUGAAACUGGUGCUCAAGGUCCAAUGGGUCCUGCUGGCCCUGCUGGCGCUCGUGGUAUGCCUGGUCCUCAAGGUCCUCGUGGUGAUAAGGGUGAAGCAGGUGAAACAGGCGAAAGAGGACAGAAAGGUCACAGAGGCUUCACUGGUCUGCAAGGUCUACCUGGACCUCCUGGCCCUGCUGGUGAUCAAGGUGCUGUUGGUGCUGCUGGUCCUUCUGGUCCUAGAGGUCCCCCUGGUCCCGUUGGGCCAGCUGGUAAGGAUGGUUCUAAUGGUCUACCUGGUCCCAUUGGCCCACCUGGUCCACGUGGUCGCACUGGUGAAACCGGCCCAGCUGGUCCUCCUGGUAAUGCUGGUCCACCUGGUCCUCCUGGCCCACCAGGCCCUGGCAUUGAUAUGUCUGCAUUCGCUGGCCUGUCACAACCCGAGAAAGCUCCUGAUCCACUCCGGUACUUCCGGGCUGACCAGGCUGCUCCAUUCCUUCGUCAACAUGAUGCAGAGGUUGAUGCCACUCUGAAAUCCCUGAACAACCAAAUUGAAAACAUUCGUAGCCCAGAAGGAAGCAAGAAGAAUCCAGCUCGUACUUGCCGAGACCUGAAACUUUGUCAUGCAGACUGGAAGAGUGGUGAUUACUGGAUUGAUCCUAACCAGGGCUGCACACUUGAUGCCAUCAAAGUCUUCUGCAACAUGGAAACUGGUGAGACCUGCGUCUAUCCCAACCCUGCAAGUAUUCCACGCAAGAACUGGUGGACAAGCAAGGGCAAAGACAAGAAGCACGUAUGGUUCGGUGAGACAAUGAAUGGUGGUUUCCAUUUCAGCUAUGGUGAUGGCAGUCUAACAGCCAAUACUGCUGCCAUCCAGAUGACUUUCUUGCGUCUGCUGUCCACCGAGGCUUCCCAGAAUAUCACCUAUCACUGCAAGAACAGCAUUGCUUACAUGGACAGAGCUACAGGCAACCUGAAAAAGGCCCUCUUAUUGCAAGGCUCCAAUGACAUUGAAAUCAGAGCUGAAGGAAACAGCAGGUUCACAUACACUGUCCUGGAGGAUGGCUGCACGAAACAUACUGGGAAAUGGGGCAAGACAGUCAUUGAAUACAGAUCACAGAAAACAACCCGUCUGCCUAUUGUGGAUGUCGCACCUUUGGAUAUUGGUGGUUCAGAUCAGGAAUUUGGUGUUGACAUUGGCGCAGUCUGCUUCUUGUAAAAUAAUAAGGACCUCAGUACUUUCCAAUCACUUCUAGGACUUCUGCACUGAAUGGCUGAUCCAAUCCAUCACUCCAUUCAUCCACACGCUUACAUUUUGGACUUCAUGGCCUAGCUGGACAGACGGUGAAAACGGUUAAUUUAUUUAUUGUUUUCCUGUAAGAUCUUCAGGUCAGGCGAAAGUGUUUACUGAUAUCUGUUGAAGGCCCUCCCUUGGAUUGUACCAGCACAGGUAUUACUAAUAUUCAUGCCGUACCAGUCUGUAAAAAGGUUACUAGCAGGAGACUGUGUAAAAUAUAAAAAUGGUGCUAUGUUGUAAAACCAGUCUGUAACAUGGAGAACAAUUGAUAUAAAAAAUGUGGAAAGUACAAGUUGAUCUGGGCGUUUUUUUGUGGAUUUCUUUUUUUUUUUUUUGCAGACUUUUAAGAGAUUCUAAGUACUCCAGUAUCUAACUUUGCCUGCCCUCUUUUUCUAUCAAGAUGAAGGAAGUUUGGAACACAACCUAGAACUUCCCCAGUUUAAGCUACCUCACACUAAUGAUCUUGAAGGGACUAAACACACAGUAGUAGGAACAGAAGCUGGUGCGGAGAUAAAGACAAAUCCAAAUUACUCUCCCAUAUCCAGUUUAAUUCAGAAAAAGGGUACUUUUUUUUUUAGCUUCUUGUUCCUCCUCCUGGGACAGUUUAGUGAACUAGAGAUCCAGUCAAGAUUUGAUGGUGCUGAAUAAAAUAAUUCUGAAGCUGCCAUUUGCUGUUAAAAUUUGUAACACCUAUUUAACAUCCAGUCAUUUUACUAAGUAACAAUCAGUAUUGCAGCAAAAAAUUCUAAAAUGUAUGAUGUGUGAUCUCAUCUCUAACCAAAUCUUGUAAAAAACCACAGAAUUUUUCCCCUAUGUUUUCCAAAGUUAGGCAUGUGGAUAAAAUUAAACCUUUUUUCCUCCUAUGACUUAUUUUCUCCCUAACUCCAUGCAUCUCUAGCUUCUGUGCAAUUUUUCUUGUAACUAGAGGGGGAAAAAAAAGAGGUAGGCUUUUUGGGGGGCAAAACAAACCAAGGAUAUGUACUAUUUUGUAUAUGUAAAAUAGUUCAAAUGUUUUUAAAUAUUUUGCAAUACUGGUUUGAAGCAUGGUAGAUUAGAACAUUCCCAUCACAACACUAAUGAUCUUGUUUCUUGUGAAAAGCUUCUGUCACUUUGUACUUUUUUUUCUCAACCCACUACCCCUCAACAGCAAUAAAGAUAGAAAGCUUUUCUAUUAAAAACACAUUUGUUUUGAUUUUUUUUAUUUGUAUUACGUCCAUCCUAUGAUGUAUCUUUGUUGAAAAUGUUUAUCUAUUCUGGGAUAUUUCAUGACAGA